AUGGUUCGCCGAGGCGACUCGUCCGACGAGGACCCUGCUGCCAGUCAAAGUCAGAGCGUCGAAGAGUCCAGUCAGGCCUCGACCAGCCGUGUUAAGGCGGAAAAACACCGGUCCCCAAGAGGAGCAAAGCGUGCACGGGUCAACGAGGCCGGCGACGACGUCGUCCAUGAGCAGGAUGACGAACAAGACAACCAAGAAGAAGAGGGAGAGGGAGAAGAGCGUGAGGCCUCACCGCCCGUCCGUGUCAAGGUCAAGACUUUACCACGUGAUGUCGAUGGAUACAUUCCUGGAUCCAUUGUUCGCAUCAAGCUGCAUAACUUCGUCACCUACGACGAUGUCGAGUUCUGUCCUGGGCCUCACCUCAAUAUGAUUUUUGGUCCAAACGGCACGGGCAAAUCGAGUAUCGCCUGUGCGAUAUGUCUGGGUCUUAACUGGCCACCCAGUGUACUGGGACGUGCCUCUGACCUGCAGUCCUUCGUCAAACUCGGCACCGAUUCGGGUUCCAUCGAGAUCGAGCUCAAAGGACGAGCUGGAGAAGGCAACCUCGUCAUUUUGCGCAAGAUCAACGCAAAAAGCAGGGCGUCUACAUACCUUCUAAACGGCUCAAGUGCAACUGGAGGAGAGAUUACGGCCAAGGUCGCACAGCUCAAUGUGCAAGUGGGCAACUUGUGCUCGUUCUUACCGCAGGACAAGGUGUCGUCGUUUGCAGCCAUGUCACCCAUCGGGUUGUUGCGCGAAACGGAGAAUGCGGCGGGAGAUGACCGUAUGUCUCAAUGGCACGAUAUGCUCAUACAAGAUGGCAAGAAACUGAAAACUUUGACGGAGGCUGUAGAGAAGGACUCCACUCAGAUGAACCAACUCCAGGAGCGCAACAACCAGAUCGAGCGCGAUGUUCAACGAUAUAAAGAACGCAAAGACAUCGAGCUAAAGAUUAGCAUCCUCAACAUUUUCAUACCGGUGGAGCAGUAUCGCGAAGCACGGAUCCAGUGGCUUGCCCUGAAGGCCAAAAAACAGAUCCUCCACAACAAGGCUGUGCGACUGAAACAAAAGAACGAACCUGCUCACCAGUAUCUCGAACAACUCGAGGCUGAGCAUGCAUCAUUAGAUGAGCAAAGAAACAAGUCUAAGCGCAGUAUCGUGGCGAUCUUCGAUAAGUAUAAAGCGGCGUUGACAAAGGCAGGAUCUAUGGACGACAAGUUAGAGCGGUUCAUCAGCGACCUCGACAAUGUCAAAAAGACGGAAGAGACCAGAUUGCAAACGAUCAAGAACUGUGAGGCGCAGAUCAAGAAAUUUGAGAAGGAUUUGGGCGAAGAUGUCAAACCUCUUGGCAACGAGGACGAAUUAAAAGCGAAGCAUCGUAGUAUCACUGUCGCCUUCCAGCAAACAGGUUACGACGACAAGAGGCAUGCAUGGGAGCGGAAACAUAACGACAUCGAGGAAUCCAAACGCAAGAACAAACGUGAUGAAGACAUGGCUCAGGACGGUCUUCGCCAACUCAACUCUGUUUCUGGCCGCAAACUCGAAGCCUUUGCAAAAUGGGACCAAGCUGGCGGCGAUGCUGUUCGUUGGCUGCGCGCAAACAAACAACUCUUCCGCAUGGAGGUCUUUGAGCCGGCUUUCCUCAGUGUCACUAUUCCUGACCAGUCUUACGCGAGUCAAGUCGAGACCUGCUUCAGCAAUGCUUCCAUGAGAAUGUUCGUCUUUCAAUGCCAAGAAGAUUACAACACCUUCAAUCAGAAUACCAACGACAACCAGGACUUUUCUCAGGGCGGUCGUCGCAAAGUUCCGACUUGGUUCCGUCCCGGAGCAGACGCUGCUGAAACUAACUUAUCUGCACCGCCCUUGCCACGAGAGGAGCUGCUUGCCCUUGGUUUCGAUGGAUAUGCACUGGACUUCGUGGAAUGUCCAGACGGCUUGAAGUGGUACCUGCAAAAGGACGUCGGCCUUCAUCGCAUUGCUAUCUCUCGCCGCAACUUCUCGCCGGAGAAGAUUGUCCAAGCAACGGAGGCUAUGAUGAGGUCAGGCGGGUCGUCAGCAUUUAUCGAGGGCAUGAACUCGCACCAGGCCAACCGGUCUCAUUACGGAAGACGCGAAGUCAUGAGCAGCUCCACCGGCAUUCGUCCGGCUCGCAAUUUCACCGGGAACUUCCAAGUUGAUACCCAACAGAAACAACGCUACGAGGGUCAAUUGCAGCACUGCAAAGAGCAAAGGACGCUGAUAGAGGGCGACGAAGCAGAACUCAGAAGCGAGAGGGAGGAGCUUGAUGCGCAGAAGAAACAACAUGAGGCCGAUUUGAAAGAGGUCGACGAUCAAAUCAACGAGAUCAGGAAGAUGAUGCGGAAGCGGUUGGAUCUGGAGAGCAAACUUAAACGUGUCCGGGACACUCUGGCCAAAGCACAGAAACAGGGGAAUGCUGCACAAGCGAGCGCCAAAAUCCGCAAGGACCUUUUCAAUACCGCAACGGAGCGCCAGCAAUUGCUAGCCAAGGUUUUGUCACUUGCAAAAGAUAUCGUGGAGGCGCAAAAGAAGGCUACUUUGUGUGGCCUGGAGUUUCUGCAGAUCGGUGCAAACAAGACUGCGUUCAAGGACCUGCUCGAUGUCAAGGACGCCAAAUACCGCGCGGCGCUGGAUGAAUUCAAUAAGAUCGACGAUCAGGUCAAGGACCUCAAGGAAGUUGCUGUCAAGUUGAAGACUGCGAGCGAAGACUACCUGAAGAACAUCCCUGAGGAUAUUCGACCUAAGUAUGAGGAGGUUGAGACGGCACGCGUGAACUACCAAAAGGCGGUGGCGGAUGGGGAGGAGCCUGUCGAGCCGGAAUCGAUGGGGGAGUUGAUCAAAGCGAAGACUUCUGCGGACCUCGAGGAGGUGCUUGAGACGCAGCAGGCGAAGCUAGAGAUGAACAUGAACACGAAUCCUGGUGUGGUGGAGCAAUACGAGCGUCGGAAGCGGGAGAUUGAAGGUUUGGCUUCGACCAUCGAAGUCAAGGAACGGGAGGUCAAGAAGCUGGAGAGGAACGUCAAGCGCACAAGGGACCAAUGGGAGCCCGCUCUUCGGUCAUUGGUUGCAAGCAUCGGGAAGAAGUUCUCUGCUGCCUUUGACCGGAUUGGGUGUGCGGGAGAGAUCCGCAUUCGGGAGGACGAGGCGUAUGACCAGUGGGCUAUUGACAUUCUUGUCAAGUUCCGGGACACGGAGAAGCUUCAGAUCCUGACCGCGCAUCGUCAAUCUGGUGGUGAACGCUCGCUGACGACGAUCCUGUACCUGAUGAGCCUGACCGAAGAGGCGCGGGCGCCGUUCUCGCUGGUGGACGAGAUCAACCAGGGAAUGGACCAGCGGGCGGAGCGGAUGGUGCACAACUCGAUGGUGGAGGUCACGUGCAAGGCGGACAGCGCGCAGUACUUCCUCAUUACGCCGAAGCUGCUGCCGGACCUCGAGUAUCACGAGCGGAUGAAGGUGCUGUGCGUGAACAACGGCGAGUGGCUCCCCCGAGGACGGCGGGACGGGGAACAUGAUGAACAUGCUCGACGCACGGACCUGCUCGCGCGCCCGCGCAGCCUGAAUCGCGAGUGGAGAGGGUUUAAUAAGAAAUCGACGCUCCCGAAGUACGACUCGCUCCCGCGACUACGCCUCGUCCCGACUGGCCAGCGCCCGAUCUUCACGUGCCCGUCGCCGGAGUGCGGGCUGACGCACUUCUUUGCAGACCUGCCCGUGUGCCCGUGGUGUCGGGCAAGAAGCGCUGCCGCAGAGCACGCGUAUCGGCGGUCUACGCCGCGGCCAAGGACGAGGAGCGCCGUGUUUGUGCGGUGGCGGGUAGACGACGAGCAGACAGAGUCGAAGCGGCGAAGACAGACAGUGUCGGGGACACCUUUGGCAGCGGCGCCGGCGGUCCCGGGCCGACCACGUGCCCACCACCGCUCACACUCCACGCCCGUUGACGCCGUCCACCACGCCCAGCUCGUGCGGCACAAGCGCGAGCCGAUCUACAACGCGCUGCGGCGUAACGGGGGCUGGCAGUCGCCCCAGUCGAUGAGCAGCGCGCUGUCCUCCCCAACCCCAUCUCUUUCGCCCUCGCUCACGCUCGCUGUUAACACCGGCUCGAUGUCGAUGCCUGCCAGCCCCGUCAGCGACGGCUUUCACGGCCAAUCACUCCUCUUCUCGACCCAGGGAGAAGAACAGCCACGGCCGAGCUUCAGCAGCGCCGAUCCCGAUCUCGACGAAAGCUUUGCGCUCGUCGAUAUUGGCGGCGGCAGCCGGUCUGGGUCAGACUCGCAGCACUCCGCGACGUUCUUCGCGUUUGCCCCUCCACCUGCCCCGCUUCCCUUUUCUGACGACGACGGAGCCUCGGACUUCGGCCCGCCGCCCGGCCGCCGGCGCGGCUCCAUCGCCGGCCUCCUCGGCUCGCUCACCACGCGUCACAAGGAGGCAGAGAAGCGCGCGCAGCUGGCCGCCACCGUCAAGGAGAACGUUAACCACCAUACAGCAGGCGGGCUGCACACGCUCCGAAAGCUCAUCCGCAGACGAUGGACGGUUACUUCCCGCUGA